CUUUAAGGCUUCCAGCAGCAGCAGCAGCAGCAGCAGAGAGCUGGCGCUGCAGUUGCGCUGGCACAAAUUCAACGUGGGUGCUGAGAGAGAGAGAGAGAGAGAGAGAGAGAGAGAGAGAGAGAGAGAGAGAGAGAGAGAGAGAGAGAGAGAGAGACCAGCCGCAUCUUGUGGAUUUCUUCCCGUACCAGCCCAUGUACAUGGUUCUUCCUGCUGUCCCUCUGUUGCUCUCAGACCAGGAGUUGAUUUCACUUCUUGGAGGAAGAUGUGGCGCCGCGCGGCAGCGACAGUCCUGGCUCUGGUGAAUUUUUUGGGGGAGUCGCUGGCAGGCUUUCCAAACCAAAUCAACAUUGGUGGACUGUUCAUGCGCUCCACCGUGCAGGAGCACAGCGCCUUCAGGUUUGCUGUCCAGCUGUACAACACCAACCAGAAUGUGACGGAGAAGCCGUUCCACCUCAAUUACAACGUUGACAACCUGGAGUCCUCCAACAGCUUCUCCGUUACGCACGCCUUCUGCUCGCAGUUCUCCCGUGGAGUUUACGCCAUCUUCGGCUUCUACGACAGGAAGUCCAUGAACACGCUGACCUCCUUCUGCGGGGCGCUGCACACCUCCUUCAUCACGCCCAGCUUCCCCAUCGACGCCGACGUGCAGUUUGUCAUCCAGAUGAGGCCCGGGUUGCGGGGGGCAGUCCUCAGUCUGCUGGACCACUAUAAGUGGGAGAAGUUUGUCUACCUUUACGACACCGACCGAGGUUUUGCAAUCCUCCAGGCCAUCAUGGAGUCGGCUGUAGCCAAUAACUGGCAGGUGACGGCUCGCUCGGUGGGGAACAUCGUGGACCCCACCGAGUACAGACGCAUCAUCGAGGAGAUGGACCGACGGCAGGAGAAACGCUUCCUCAUCGACUGCGAGGUGGACAGGAUCAACUCCAUACUGGAGCAGGUGGUGACCUCAGGAAAAAACAGCAGAGGAUACCACUAUAUCCUCGCCAACCUGGGUUUUUCCAACAUGAGCCUGGACAGGGUUUUUUCUGGUGGAGCCAACAUCACAGGCUUCCAGAUCAUCAACCCAGACAGCCCCAUCGUCCAGCAGUUCCUGCAGCGGUGGGAGCGCCUAGAUGAAAGAGAAUUUCCAGAAGCCAAAAACACUCCGCUGAAGUACACGUCGGCCCUGACCCACGACGCCAUCCUCGUGAUUGCGGAGGCCUUCCGGUAUCUUCGACGUCAGCGAGUGGACGUGUCUCGCAGGGGCAGCGCGGGUGACUGCCUGGCCAACCCGGCCGUGCCCUGGAGCCAAGGCAUCGACAUCGAGAGAGCCCUGAAAAUGGUUCAAGUACAAGGUAUGACAGGAAACAUCCAGUUUGACACAUUUGGUCGACGAUCUAAUUACACCAUCGAUGUGUAUGAGAUGAAGUCUGGAGGCCCGAGGAAGAUCGGCUACUGGAAUGAGUAUGAAAAAUUUGUUUAUAUAAUGGAUCAGCAGGUCACCAACGAGUCCUCUUCUGCGGAAAACCGAACAAUUGUGGUCACUACUAUUAUGGAAGCUCCGUAUGUGAUGUACAAGAAAAACUAUAUGCAGAUGGAUGGGAAUGACAGAUAUGAAGGCUACUGUGUCGAUUUAGCUUCUGAAAUUGCAAAACAUGUGGGGAUAAAGUAUAAGCUCUCGGUAGUGCCAGAUGGGAAAUACGGAGCCAGAGAUCCAGAAACCAAGACGUGGAACGGGAUGGUGGGUGAACUAGUUUACGGGAGAGCUGACAUAGCCGUGGCUCCGCUAACUAUAACGCUGGUACGGGAAGAGGUGAUAGACUUCUCGAAGCCCUUCAUGAGCCUGGGCAUCUCCAUUAUGAUUAAGAAGCCUCAAAAGUCCAAGCCCGGGGUGUUUUCCUUCCUGGACCCUCUGGCCUAUGAGAUCUGGAUGUGUAUAGUCUUCGCCUAUAUCGGCGUGAGUGUGGUGCUCUUCCUGGUGAGCCGCUUCAGUCCUUAUGAGUGGCAUUUGGACGAGAACGAUGAGGCCAAAGACCCUCAGAGCCCCCCCGACCCGCCAAACGACUUUGGGAUUUUUAAUAGCCUGUGGUUCUCCCUGGGCGCCUUCAUGCAGCAAGGAUGCGAUAUCUCACCAAGGUCUCUGUCCGGGCGGAUCGUCGGAGGAGUGUGGUGGUUCUUCACCCUCAUCAUCAUCUCGUCCUACACGGCCAACCUGGCUGCUUUCCUCACCGUGGAGAGGAUGGUUUCUCCGAUCGAGAGCGCUGAGGAUCUGGCCAAGCAGACAGAGAUCGCCUAUGGGACGUUAGACUCAGGCUCCACUAAGGAGUUCUUUAGGCGCUCCAAAAUAGCAGUUUACGAGAAAAUGUGGUCGUACAUGAAAUCGGCCGAGCCCUCAGUGUUUGCCAAGACAACACCAGACGGGGUUUCCCGAGUACGAAAGUCGAAGGGCAAGUUUGCCUUUCUUCUCGAGUCCACUAUGAACGAGUACAUAGAGCAGCGGAAGCCAUGCGACACCAUGAAAGUGGGCGGCAACCUCGACUCUAAAGGCUACGGCGUGGCCACACCUAAAGGCUCUGCAUUAAGAACUCCUGUAAACCUUGCAGUAUUGAAACUCAGUGAACAAGGCAUCUUAGACAAGCUGAAAAACAAAUGGUGGUACGAUAAGGGUGAAUGUGGAACCAAGGACUCUGGAAGUAAGGACAAGACAAGUGCUCUAAGCCUGAGCAACGUGGCAGGAGUCUUCUAUAUUCUGGUCGGGGGGCUCGGCCUGGCUAUGACCGUGGCUCUGAUAGAGUUCUGCUAUAAGUCACGGCAAGAAACCAAAAGACUCAAGCUGGCAAAGAAUGCCCAGAACUUUAAGCCGGCCCCUCCCGCCAACACCCAGAAUUUUGCCACGUACCGUGAAGGCUACAACGUGUACGGGACGGAGAGCGUUAAGAUCUAGACGGGUUGAAACCCGCCGCUGCGUCCGGAUAGAACCCGCCACUCCGUGUGACCCCGACACUCCCGAGGUUGGCACCGCGGAGGCAGAAGCCUCCUUUGUCGUCAGCUUGGACACAAUAAGCCUCCAAGUUCAACAAGUGCUCACGCUGGGUUCCCAAGAACCCGUCACACUAACAGAGGGCAAUGACGCAACAGGACACUUUGCUUCUGGAAACAUGGGAUUUGCCUCUCGUAGUGCCUUAUGGAGCAUUUCAGCAUCACGGCAAUGCAAUUGAAAUUUUAUUCACUUGAAAAAAAAAAGAAAAAAGAGCAUAAAAAAAGUCGGCAAAGACAUCGCUUCAAACGACAAUUAGAUGAACUGAUGUAAUUUAAGUUGUUUUCUAUUUUGAAGAAGAA